AUGGCAGACAAAGUCGCCUUCUCUUUUGGGCCGCUGGUAGGAAACGAAGAGAAGGUCGCGGCACGUGCCCGACGACCGGGCUCCGCACCGCCGGGCUCAAGGCCACCGCUGGAGAUCCCCACCAGAUGGCGCGGGACGCCGCGUGUGCCACGGACUUUCGAGUCACUGCUGCGAUCCGGAGAGAGUAAAAAGCUCCUAGGCCCUAAGCACAACGGCUUCCUUGAAAAGGUGCAGCAAGCUGUGGAGCAGGAGCAGAAGAUGCGCAAAGAGGACACUGAGAAGGCCUCAGAUGGGCUCUACAAGCGGAAGCUCAACGAGGAGAUCGAAAGCCGAUGGAAGAGAUCCGCGCAACGGCCAAAGAACCCUAAACCGUCAGGUGAGCAGUGGCCAAAAUCUCCAUUCUAA